AUGAGCGUUUUCACGGUCGCGUCGACGUCGUCGAUGACGUUUUUUAGUUCCUUUUCUUCGCGAAUUUCGAUGUCCUCUUCCUCUGCCUCCUCUUCCUCGAAAAGAAACGUCUCGUCGUCGCUCGUUGGGUUUUCUUCCUCCUCCUCCUCCUCCUCCUCGAGAGCCACGGGAAAGCGAAGGGAAAAAAGAACGUUUCGAAUCGAGGCGAUGGCCGUCGCGGACACGAACGCGGAGAUUGAUUUCGCCAAGUACGUGAAAGAAAAGAACGCGGCGAUCGAGCAAGCGUUGUCCGAUUCCGUCCCAACCAUUUAUCCAGAACGUUUGCACGAAUCCAUGAGAUAUUCUUUACUCGCCGGUGGGAAAAGAAUUCGUCCGUGUUUAGCAAUCGCGGCGUGCGAGAUGGUUGGAGGCGCACAAGAAGUGGUCAUGCCAACGGCGUGCGCGCUGGAGAUGAUCCACACGAUGAGUUUGAUCCACGACGAUUUACCGAUGAUGGAUAACGACGAUUUUCGAAGAGGCGUGCCGACGAAUCAUAAAGUGUACGGGGAAGAGAUGGCUAUUUUAGCCGGCGACGCGUUGUUGUCGCACGCGUUCGAGUACAUCGCGAGAGAGACAAAAGGGGUUCCGGCGGAGAAGAUUUUACGCGUGAUAGCGGAUGUUGGGAAGUGCGUCGGGUCGGAAGGACUCGUUGGUGGCCAAGUUGUGGACAUCGAAAGCGAAGGUUUGGCGAUGGAAGGGAAACCGGUCAGUUUGGAAACGCUGAAGUAUAUUCACGCGCACAAGACUGGGGCGUUGUUGGAGACGGCGGUGGUUUCCGGAGCGAUUUUGGGUGGCGGAACCGAAGAGGAUAUCGAGCGAUUGGGGAAGUACGCGUACGAUAUUGGAUUGGCGUUUCAAGUUGUGGAUGAUAUUUUGGAUUGCACGGCGACGAGCGAGGAGUUAGGCAAAACGGCUGGUAAAGACGUCGCGGUUGGUAAGGCGACGUACCCGAGUUUAUUAGGAUUGGAGGAGUCGCAGAGGAUAGCAGAUGAGUUAAUUAAGAGCGCGAAGGAACAGUUAUCGGUGUACGAUCAAAAGAAAGCCGCGCCGCUCAUUGGCUUAGCCGAUUACAUUAAAAACAGAAAGAAUUAA